AUGGUCGGAGCCGGAUCUUCUGAGGCCUACGGAGGCUCCGACGGAUGGGGAAACGCCCUCAUUCCCUCCUCAUCCAAUGUCGGAAUAGCCGCUGUUGUCACGACCUUGGCCGGAAUCGCGCUCGCUGCCACCCUCGUCUACUCCUCCCGUAGAAGCCAUACAUCUCCUGGGUCUAGAAGGAGAAGGAAACAUGCUCUCUUGGCUAAACAGUGGAAGGGUUUGUUUGAUGCUGAUGGGAGACUUUCUGAUGGAGGAGUCAAAUUUCUGAAGAAAAUCCGUACUGGGGGUGUUGAGCCUAGCAUACGGAUGGAGGUUUGGCCCUUCCUUCUUGGAAUGUAUGAUGUGAACAGCUCAAAGAGUGAGAGAGAUGGCAUUAAAGCUAAAAAGAGGAGAGAAUAUGCAGAGCUACGAAAACAGUGUAGACAAAUUUCAAAACGUGGUGAAAAGAGUUUUAAAUUAAAUUUGGCAUCUGGAAAUAAUAGCAACAAGGAUGGGGAAGACAUUAGUCAAGUUUCUGAUUCUUCAAGCUUGGAUGAAGCCACUAGCGUUAGACCUUCUCUAUCAUCAGAUGGUGCUAGUUCAUCUAUUGAGUUGCAUGGACGUAAGGAGUUAGUGGAGCAAAAAGAAAACGAUGGAGAAAUUACUACUGAAACAGACACGUUGGAUCUUGAUUCCUUUGGCGAUCUAGAGGACAUCAAACCUCUUCUCGCAUCAAGGGAUAUCGAAGAUGAUAAAGUUUAUAAACCUGUAUAUUCAGCUCUUGGAAAUAUGACCACAAGGAAAGUUGAAGAUUUUGUGACUUGGCAGAGGAUCAUACGCCUUGAUGCUAUACGUGCGAAUUCUGAAUGGGUCAUUUAUUCCCCUUGUAAAGUUUCGGUAUCAGAAGAGAAAGCACACCAACUGGCAAAGAGUAUUGGAUUGAAGGACUAUGAACAUCUUGAGCCAUCUAGAAUUUAUCACGCAGCUCAUCUCGUUGCUAUCCUUGAAGCUUAUUCUGUGUACGAUUCCGAGAUUGGUUAUUGUCAGGGUAUGAGCGACUUGCUGUCUCCAAUCAUAUCCGUGAUAGAGGAAGACCACGUGGCCUUUUGGUGUUUUGUUGGUUUCAUGCGGAAAGCUAGGCAUAACUUCCGUCUUGACGAGAUUGGAAUCAGGAGACAACUGAACAUUGUAUCGAAAAUCAUAAAAUGCAAAGACUCACACCUGUACAGGCACUUGGAGGAUCUUCAAGCGGAAGACUGUUUUUUUGUGUAUCGAAUGGUGGUAGUGUUGUUUAGAAAGGAGCUGACAUUUGAGCAGACGCUUUGCCUGUGGGAAGUGAUGUGGGCAGAUCAAGUAGCAAUUCGAGCAGGAAUCAUCAAGCGCACAUGGCGAUGGCUCAGGCUAAGGGCUCCACCAACGGAGGAUCUGCUGUUGUAUGCAAUAGCUGCUUGUGUACUGCAAAAGAGGAGGUUGAUAAUCGACAACUAUAGCAGCAUGGAAGAAAUCAUGAAGGAGUGCAAUAGCAUGGCUGGUCAUCUCGACGUCUGGAAACUCUUGGACGACGCUCAUGAUUUGGUAGCCACCUUCCACAACAAGAUUUAGCCACAAAACCUUUUGUUUUCCUAUUUUUCCUCAAAUUUUUUUUCAUCCACACAGAAAAAACCACAGCUUGUAUAUGUCAAUUUCACCUGCCCGUGCUGAGGACCCCCUAGUGAAG